GUGGCGCUGCCGGACGGAUUCGUUGUGCAGGGGGUGUGGUUGGGAGCGGGGCCGGCCGUUGCCAUGGUGAAGGGCGGGGGUUAGGCCGGAGCCCGAGCCCGAGCCCGAGCCGGGGCAGGGCAAUGGAGUCCCUGUGCGAGUACCUCAUGUAUUUCCCGGCCGGCCCGGUGCCGGAUUACCGGCGUUACCGCGGCCUGCCCCGGCGGGCCCAGCUCUACCUCGGCGAGACCGUGCGCUUCGUGCUGGUGGUGCGCCGCCGGGGGCAGGGCCCGGGCCCGAGCCCGGGCCCGGGGGAGGGGGAGAGCGGCCAGGCCCGGAGCCUCGACCCCCGCAGCUGGAGGGAGCUGUCCGCCUCGCUGUCGGCGCUGGCCAGCGUCUGCCCCGGGCUCCAGCACCGGCACCAGGCCCCGCCGCCGCCGCCGCCGCCGCCUCACCGGCCUCUCCUUCCCGAGGACACCGGGCCCGCACCCCCCUCCCCCGCACCGGCCCCGGGCCCGGGACAACCCGAGGUCGGAGCCGGGCAGCAGCGUCAGGCGGAGGGAGAGGAGCUGGAGCUGGAGCAGGAGGAGGAGCAGGAGGGGGGGGAAGAGGCCGGCGGAUUCCGGGAGUGCCGCCCCCUACUCACCCACGGAGGCGGAGGAGGGCGGGUGCCCGGUAAGGAGGGCGGCUCUGGAGGCCAGGCUACAGUGGAGGAGCCGAUAAUUCACAACGAUGAAGUUAUCUUUCCGCUGUCAGUGGCUCUGGACAAGCUUCCGGUGGGAACCAUAAAGGCAAAGGUGAGAGACUUAAUUGUCUGCGAGAUGGGUGCGUGUCAGAGCCAGCCCCUCUUUCUGAAUAUAUUGAGUACGUUGCUGACGGUGCUGCCGCCUCCAACGGUGAAGUGUCGACAACUUAACAUCUCGGGGAAACAGCUGACUGUUCUGAAAGUGUUAAACACCUCCUCUCAGGAGGAACUCUCCAUUCAGGACGUCCGGAUUUUGCCAAACUUUAACGCCAGCUACCUGCCCAUGAUGCCCGAUGGUUCGGUGCUGCUCGUGGACAAUGUCUGCCACCAAUCGGGUGACGUGUGCGUGGCAUCCUUCUGCAGGAUGAGCGGUAAUUCCAGCCGCCUCCCAACGAAGCUCAGUGCCCUGGAGGAGCAGGCCUUCCUCUUCCAGCUCCAGGUCAACGAGAGGCCACAGCCGGACACCAAGGAGGGUCUGGAGGUGCCACUGACUGCGAUAGUGUGCUGGUCCACAGCUAACCUGCCCCUAGACGACAAGAUCUACACCCAUUAUAGGCUACCGAACAUUCAGCUGAACCGCCCCAAGUUUGUGAUGAUGGCUUCGUGUGAGUCUCCCGUCUCCCUGUACAAGCGCUUCACGGUCAAAUACACACUCCUGAACAACCUGCAAGACUUCCUGGCCGUGCGGCUGGUGUGGACUCCAGAGAGUGCCCUCAGCUCACAGGCUGGAAAGAAGCUGUCAGAGGAGGAUCUCCGAGCUGCUGAGACCACCGCCAACUCCGUGGUGUGCCACACACCCCUCAACCACUUGGGCUACUGCAAGAAAGGCAGCUCAGUGACGUACACAGUCGCGUUCCAGGUGCUGCGCGCCGGCCUUUUCGAGGUAAAGGGGACAAGGCCAAAACACAUCGUCCCACUGUCUGUAAGGACAGUCUCCCAUGUAUGCUUGGCCCUCAGUGACCAGGUCUCUCUCUGCUUCCACCCCUCUUUCCCCCCCCCCCCCCCCCCCAGGACCGGGAGCGUGAUGGAGCGUCGAGCGAUCACUCCACCCGUGGGCUCCCCCAUCGGCCGCCCACUCUACCUCCCCUCGGAAAAGGCCGUGCUGUCUGUCGACAAGAUCGCCAAGCGAGAGUGCAAGGUGCUGGUGGUGGAGCCCGUCAAGUAGGGAAUGGGGAGGUGGGGGGGGAGUGGGGAACCGUGACGGGGAGUGAGGAGGGAAAGGCUGGUGCCGUCUCCUCCAGCGAAGCUAGGGGGACAGCGCAAAGCAUCCCGCUGCUCACCCCUCCCUGGGGAGAAGCCCCGGGCUGGUUUUUGUUUAAUGGCCGUCGCCCUUCCCGCGUCACGUCAGCCUGGGAAGCCCCUAAGUCCCCUCGCUUUCGGUCCGUAGUGAGCGCGCGUCUCGUGUUGGGUGAAACCACCCCCCCCACCCCCCAGGUGGUGUCCAAAGUCAUUUCGUACAGGGGAGGGGUAGGGUGCCGCAGAAAUAUCGAAGUCCAACCUCUCCCCCGGUCCCCCGACUGAAUGCUUGGGUGGCAAUUCCAGCCAGCAUCCCCUUCCCCCAACCCCGGGGCUCCAAUUCUGUCUCCCGUGCUGGUAGAAACUCCUCCCACCUUUCUGCUGUUACGCAUUGCUCCGGUGCCCCAACUCUUUCCCCCCCCCCCCUUGAACGUCAUGUCAUUGGCAGUGGUCGGCUGCCCACGCAAAGGGAAUCAGCUGGCACGAUGCCCCCCCCCCCGCCAACAAUGCUGAGCUUCAGUCUUUGUCGGGCUGUCUGUCUCCUGUGGGUGAUCCGUCCCCCCACAGUUGAUUAUUUGUGAAAUUCCCGUUGAAGGUAAUGGCAGCCAAAGCUGUAAAGAGCCUCUGGUUAAUGAGUCGUGGAGUCACCAAGAUAUACAGCACAGAAACAGACCCUUCAAUCCCACUCAUCCAUCCAGAUAUCCCAACCUCAUCUAGUCCCAUUA